ACGGCCUUUUGUCUUGUUAUUUUGAUUUUGUUUAAAUUGCAAUAAUUGAAUUGAGUAUUUUUUUGAAAUAUUUUUUACUGUGAAUUGUGAAGGAAUUAAUUAAUUGAAACAUUGGUCGAAUAAGCUCAAACGAACUGCGAAUUGUUUUUGUUGCCGUGAUGACAGACAAGCGAAUUAGCAUAAGUUAUCAAAUUGAGAUCAUCAAAUUUACAAGCAUAUAUUGAAGAAUAUAUAAAGAGCAAACGAUAUUGGCAUAAAUGUAUAUUGAUUGAUUGAUUUGUAUACGACUUUCGCUAAUUUUGAACGCGUGUGUGUGUGCUUUUGUUCAAGAAUCGCAAGCGUUUCAAAUUUGAUUUCAAAUUGUAUUGAAUUUCAAAUUUAAAUUUGACAAUAUUGUGUGCGCGACGUCGACGGCAAUAAAUAUAUAAAGACACUUCAAACUGCAAAAUCAAUAGCGCAGUUGCGACGAGAGAAUGUAAACAUGCUUAACACUUUACCAUAAGUGCAAGCAAACGUACCAACGAGAUCCCCAAAAACGAAUUGACGAGUCGCCAAUACAAAACAACGAGUUAAGCAAACAAAGCGUGUGCAUUAAACUAACGAGUGAGCGAGAGCGAGUGCACCAUGGCAAUGCUUGAAGCGCGGCCUUACAGGCCAUUCAAGUCCAGCGAGGAGUAUCUGGAGGCAAUGAAAGAGGAUUUAGCCGAAUGGCUGCACACACUUUAUCCCGAGCUCAGCAUCAAUGCCGAGAACUUUAUGGAUCGCCUCGAUACUGGCGUUGCACUCUGCAAGCACGCAAAUUAUGUGCGGCAAGCGGCCGAGGACUAUUUGGCCCGGCGACAGGCGCGCAACAAAUCAAUGACACGCUCGAUGACUUCCGGCUUGGCCGGCCCCAUAUUGGCCCUAGGGAAUAUACACUAUCUGCCGGCGGCAAAGAGCGGCACCUUCUUUGCCCGCGACAAUGUCUCCAACUUUAUAACCUGGUGCAGAAAGAGCCUUAAGAUAAUCGAGUGCCUGCUGUUCGAAACGGACGACCUGAUCAUGCGGAAGAAUGAGAAGCAUGUGAUCCUCUGCCUGUUGGAGGUUGCCAGACGCGGCGCCAAGUUCGGCAUGUUGGCACCCAUGCUGGUGCAAAUGGAGCGUCAAAUCGAUCGCGAAAUUGCCGCCGACAACAAGGCAAAUGGCGUUGGCAUCGGCUGCGGCACACAGACCAGCAACGGGCUCUCCGACAGCGGCACCCAAACGGAGGCGAUUGCCGUGGGCGUUGGCAGCGAGUGUGUGGCCAGCGAAGCGGAUCUCUAUGACAGCGAUACGGAGAACGAGGACGACAGCGAUGAGAAUCCCAUGCUCAUGUACGGACCACAGCCCCAGAUCAUAACCAACGAUCUAAAGAGUCUCGAUGAAAUGGUCAGGGAUUUGGUGGAGAAGUGUACGUGCCCCUCACAGUUUCCCAUGGUGCGCGUGUCCGAGGGCAAAUAUCGCAUUGGUGACACCAAGGUGCUCAUCUUUGUGCGCAUCUUGCGCUCGCAUGUGAUGGUGCGCGUGGGCGGCGGCUGGGAUACGCUGUCGCACUAUCUGGACAAGCAUGAUCCAUGCCGCUGCCGUUCACAGCAUCGCACCUCGCUGACGGCACGCCUCGUCACACGCAAUCCGAGCAGCAACGGCAAUGGCAUUGAGCUACACAAGGCGCAGGUGAUAUACGAACGCUCACCGCCCGCAGCUCGACGUGUGCUAACGGCUAAUAACAGCUCAAACGCCAGCAGCGCUGUCUCCCCAGCAACUGCUGCAGCAGCAGCAUCAAGUGCCACUGCCAAUGCCAGUUUGUCGCCCAGCCAAACGGUGGGUAAAUAUCGCAGCCGCAGUCCGACGCCGCAGCGGAAGUUUCUUAAUCAAACGGCAGCAGCGGCUACAGCGGCGGCUACUGCAUCGGAGCCCGUUGUCUGCUCACCUUAUCUAGCCAGACGCUCCAUGUCGCCCAGUCAGCGGCGCCUGAUCGACAUACGCAAGAAACACAGCUCGCUGGAGUCCUACAGCAGCAGCAGCUGCAGUGGACCCAAAUCGCUGCCGGCCACCAUAAGCGACAGCGGCAGCCAAGUAAACGAGGAGGUAGCAGCCACUGCGGGUGCCGCAGCAGCUGUUGCGGCGGUGUCCACACAACCGGAGCAGAGUAACAAGUUUGAAAACAUUAGCGACAAUGGCAGUGAGAUCAGCGAUGAGGGCUACCGCAGUCUGGGCAUUGUGCAAUCGAAUGCACAAAAGCGCGAGUCUGUACACAGUCAGGCAUCCAUGGAAGACGCUGAAAGCAAUGCGCGUCUCGAUCAGACCUCGAGUGACUCGCAGAUAUCGCCCACGGAUGAGCAGGCUGACCAGGAGCAGGAGCAAGCAACAGAGCAACACGUAGCAGAGCCGCAGGUCCAGCUUAAUGACCUGCUGGAGCAGAGCGAUGAGAUUUAUGGACCACAAUCGCUGCCUGCAGUGCUGGCACUGCCCAAGCAGCUGCCCAAACAGCUUGCCCAGGCGCAAGCCUAUGAGGGCCAUGCCCGGUUCGAGCAGUCGGGCGUCUUCAUCACCGACGACGAGAUCACAGUGACUGCCCCCUCGCCCUGCCACGCCGAUGUGCCAGAUGGCGGCAAGUCAACUGUAGCUGCAAAUGCAACUGCAGCUGGCGCUGCUCAGCCUGGUAGCCGCAUACCACGUUCCCCGCUGUCGCAGCGACGUCGCCGCAGCAGCAUUGACAACAGCACCUGCAGUGGCAAAGCCGGCGGCAGCCUGCAGGAUCUUAGCAGCACACGAGCGACUGCGCUGCCCUCGUUUAGUCGCAAGCAGCCCGUCUAUCGUUCGGUGCGUCGUCCGCCAGUUGAGCCCAAGGUGACGCCAACGCCGCCGCCACGUGCCAAGGCUUCGCAGCUGCCGUUGGUGCGGGAUGUGACAAACACUUGGAGCGGUCGGAGCGCUGCCGCGCCCGUGACCAGCAAGAAGCGGCCGACAAUUGGUGCGGAUACCUUUGCGCCGCCAGCGGGCAACACAUCACCAGCACCAGCUGGCGGUGGUGCGCCUUGGGGACUCGAGCGCGGCGGCAAGGGGCGCUCCUCGCAGAUACUGUACGACAGCAAUGGACGGCGGGUGAGGGGCUGCAGCAGCUCGUUGACCACGUCGCCGGUGAAGAAUCACGCCUCCUCGCCGCUUGCUCAGCAGCUGCUAGAAGCGGCCAGCAGCGCCAAGAACGAUGCACAGAUACUGGAGAAGAUGAAGACGCUGCUCUCGCGCUACGCCGCCGGCAACCAACAGCAGUCGCCCGCACGCGCCUCCAACUGCAACAGCAAUGGCAAAAAGUCACCGGUGUAUGAGGAUUUCACUAGCGCCUGGGUGCACAGCAAUGGCAAUUUGGAGCGCUCCGAGAGCUGCUCGCCGCCAGCAAAAGCGCGCUCCAAGCUCAGCUCGGCGGCCUCCUCCUGUGGCAGCAAUCACUCACGCGAUAUGGCCAAUCCAAGCCCCAAUGCGGCAACAGCCAUAUCGCCGAGACGCGAGCGCGGCAUGUCCAAGAUACCGGCGCCAGUGCGUCAUCAUACGGAGCUUUAUUAACGGCACGCGCGGGCGCACAGCGUCCGGCUCAUGUCCAGGCCGAGGACACGACCAGCUCCAACCACGGCCAGUGACAAACUUCUUCCAAGUGUUUUCUGAAAACCAAGCGACGAGUAAGCACGUGUAGGGUAUGUAGGAGGAGAAGUAGGAGUAGUAGGAGGCGGAGGAGGAGGGUCAGGCGAAGUGACAAGAGGUGAGAGAAAGUUAAGUUAAUCUAAUGUUUAGGGCCAAGCUGGAAUUGUUUGUCUGCUUGUGGGCUUACAAAUAGAGAUAGCAAUAAAGAUAGAGAUAGAGAUAGAGAUAGAGCUGAGUACUUAGGUAAGAGAACUCGUGUAACGAACCGAUCCGAAAAGUGGAACCGUUCCAACUAGAAAGAUUUUUGUGAGAGGAAACUUAGUCAUAAUGCAGAUCAACAAAAUGUGUAAUCACAACUGCCUCAUCAAAAGUCUCCACAGCCCAGCCGCCGCUCAGCGCAAACCAUAUCAAUUCGCUACUCGUUACUCGCCACUCGUUGACUGUAAGUGCGAGUGCGAUCGCUGGGAACUAAGCUGGGUAGAGUACUAAUCCAAUCGACAAUUACAAUCCAAAUUUGAGACUUUCAAAUCUACAUUUUAAAAAGAAACGCAUUGAUCUAGCUUAACGAGACCUUUACUCGUUCUUUACAAACUUACAUAUACAUACAUAUAUUAAGAAGUCUUUUUUUUUUGUUUUUGGCACAUCAGAUUUUAAACAGAAAUUACUACUAUCUUGCUCUCGUGAUAGAUCUUAGCACAGCCCACAUAGGAGAACACAAAUGCAUAAUUUUCUAGAAAUUUUACGAUCGAUAACACACACACACAAUUGUAUAUAGAGACGGGCGAAGCAUACAAUAAAUGGGAAAGAAUGACAGAUUGAGACCUCUGGGACUGACUGUGGUGUGAGUUUAGUUGAUGAUGAUUUUCCAAGAUAGUCUUAGAAACAAAGUAAGAAAAAGGAUUUAUUUUUAUACGCAAGCAAGCAAGCGAAAGCCAUCAAUGUGACAAAACGUAUAGAAAGCUUUUAAACCAACUCGAUUUUACGCAUAAAAAAAGUAAACAAAAAAAGGAACAGUUAAUGCAAAGUAUAUACAUAUAUGCAUAGUUCGCUAAGUGAAUAUAUUGUAGGCUAGUAGUUAGGAUUGACGAUAACAUUUUGAGCAAAUGGCAAAAAUCUGGUGCUAACACCGCAGCUUAUUUCAAUUUCAACUCUAUAGUACCGUAUACCAAACCCGAAUCCCAAGCCACAAGUCUAUACAACACAUACAUAUGUACAUGCAUAGUUAAUAUAUAUAUCUUCUAUAUCUGCGAGGCCAUAACUUGACAACUGUCACAAAUAUAUAAGUAUAUAUAUUUUUUUUCGUAUAUCUCUCUAACUUACAAUUAAAUCCACAUAAAUACACGCGAGUCGAAUCAAAUGCUAGGAUUGAGGAUCAAGGAUCUUGCAGUUAUCAUUUGAGAAACAUUAGCUGAAUUUUGUUCUGCCACAUGGCCAGUUACAUACAUACAUAUACAAUAUAGACAAACAUACUAUGCAUACAUACGCAUUAGCUUACAGUUAUGUUAUACAAUUAUUAUUAAAAUAUAUAUGUAUAUGCUUUUUUUUUGUUUGUACAUUGUACCUUUACAUAUGCUAGAUACAUACAGUAUGUAUAUCCUUGUUUUUUGUACGCUGAAUUAGCAACAAUAAUGUGUAUUCGUUGAUAUCGGCCUUAAUGCGAUUGAUUAAGAUAUAAUAAUAUUCUACUGACGAUUUAUGUUGAAUAAGUUUUUUAGUCUUUCUUUCAGUUUGUAACGCAAACCAAAUGAACUUUAAAUGAAAGCUAAACAUAUGAAUUUUUAUAUUAAUUAACUAUAUACUAUACCUAUAACAACACUACGAAUCAACAUACAUAUAUACAAGCAAGCAUAUAUACUAGAUCAAAUCAAAUCGAAGCAAUACAGUUGAAGAUCAUUUCACCAAAAUGACAAUUUAAUUGUUUACAGCAGUUAUAGUUAUAAAGUAUUGGCGACUCAAUUUCGUUUGGUGAGCAAAAAAAACAAAAAACAUAUAAAAUGUAUUUUAAAUACAAUUAAUUAUAGCGAGCAAGAACAUUUAAAGCAAACUAACUAUUACAAAUGGAAUAGAAUACAAUUGAAAUAUUAGUAUAUAUUCACAUAUGUAUGCAGACAACAAAAACAACACAACACACACAUAAUUAAU